UGUUGCAUAUGUUGAUUGUUUAGUUGAAGUGGGAUGACUCAUUAUCCAGACUAUAGCUCUAUAUCAGGUCGGGGUGGAUCAACAUUGAGAUAUGGUGGUCGAUCUAUAUCAGGCCGAGGUCGAUCAACCGCAAGUAUUCGUCAGAAGUCUGUUAGCUCCAAAUUAGUCUCCAAUAACUCACCAGAAUUAGGAAUGCCUCCAUGUAUACAUCCAAAUAUUCAAGCACCAGAAGUGAGCCCUUCGAUUACACAAUCUCCUCAAACUUCACAGCCUCCGCUAACUCCACAUGCCGAGGCAUCUACCCAUGUCUCUGAGGGCCAACAUGAGGCAACAGAGGAUCAAUCCAAUGAAUCUAAUAGCACUGGACCCCCUUGGUUUAUUACUCCUGACAGUGUAGUUAUAGAUUACGAAGUAAAAAAAGCAAUACAUGAUUUGGUCCAAGGCCACUACAAAGAACCAUGGACCGGAUGGGGAAAAGUGCCUAGAGAUGUGCGACAGAGAAUGUUCACAGCUUUUAGGGGUAUUUACACAUGGGAGUCGCAUCAUGAGUCUAUAAUAUUAUGUCAUUUCAACCAUGAGGCGAGUGAGUGGUUGAAAAAACAUUUGUACCUUGCUCGCACUCUUUACAAGGGCUCCACUUGAGUGGAUGACCCCUUCGGUUUGGGAGAGUUUGCAAAAAUAUUGGGGGUCGGAAGAGUUCAAGAAAAUAAGUGAGCAAAACAAAAAGAAUAGGGCAGUAAAUGGAAGUUCUUCGAUUGUAAUCUAUCGUGGUGGAUCUGUCAGCACUGCUGUACACCGCCUCAGGCUUAUUGAAGAAUUGGAUAGGGAACCGACACCGAAAGAAUGUUUCAUCCGCACUCAUGGGAAGAAGGAUGGCACUCUCGAGGGUGAGCGUGCUACACAAAUUGUUCUAAGCUAUAUCCAUAUAUAUUUGAGCAAAUUAAGGAGUUACAGGCAGAGCUUGCUAAAACCCAAGCUAAGCACAAUGCAAUGCUUGCCGAGCAUGAUACGAUGCGAGCCGAACAUGAUGCGAUGCGGAUUGAGUGGGCUCGUCGUGAGUCAUUUGAAAUGUCAUUGCUUGCAGCACUUAGGUUGAAGGGCAUUGACCUCUCCGAUAUGCAUGUUGCUACUCUCACGUGAUCUAUCCCUAGAGCACCAACAGUGGAGGCGCAAUCGCAUGUUGAUGAGCACUCUCCAACGAGAAAAAGGCCUCGCACCACACUCGUUGCCGACAACACUCUUGAUGGCCUGAAUGAUGAAGAGGAUAUAUGUUAAAGCUUACUUUGAGUUUUGUCUUGUUGAUGUUGUUGGUGUAGAAGUUAAUUUUUUUUCAAUUGGCUGAUAAAGAAGAUGAAGCAACAAUUCAAGCCAUAGUUCACUUCAAUUUAUUUAGCAACAAUUCAUUCUAAUGUUUUCAAAUUUUUUUGUUGAAGGUAAAGGUCAUGAAUUGUCAUUCAGUGUGUUUUACAUUAGCCUUCUUUGUUUGAACAUGAUGGAAGGAAAAAAUUACGCCAUGCACAAAGAAACCUCCAUCUUUUGUUGAAACCAGAAUUAUCAAGCAUAUGUGGAACUUUGAGGCUUC